AUGAUUUAUCUUUUCCAAGCUUCACUCUUGUUAUUAAAUCUAUGUAUUUUUACUUGUGGAGAAGUUAUACAAGGUAACUGUGUGCAUCAUUCUACGGAUUCUCCAGUAGUUAACAUUGUAGAAGAUGAAUCUAAUGCAAAAGGUGAAAGUAAAAGUAAUGCUACUGUUUAUAAAGAAGAUUGUGAGGAAUCAUGUGAUGUUAAAACUAAGAUUACACGAGAAGAAAAACAUUUCAUGUGUAGAAAUUUGCAAAAUUCUAUUGUUUCUUAUACACGAAGUACCAAAAAACUACUAAGAAAUAUGAUGGAUGAGCAGCAAGAUUCCUUGGAUUAUUUAUCUAAUCAGGUUAAUGAGCUCAUGAAUCGAGUUCUCCUUUUGACUACAGAAGUUUUUAGAAAACAGCUGGAUACUUUUCCUCACAGACCAGUUCAGUCACAUGGUUUAGAUUGUACUGAUAUUAAAGAUACCAUUGGUUCUGUCACUAAAACACCAAGUGGUUUGUAUAUAAUCCACCCAGAAGGAUCUAGUUACCCAUUUGAGGUAAUGUGUGACAUGGAUUACAGAGGAGGUGGUUGGACUGUGAUACAGAAAAGGAUUGAUGGGAUAAUUGACUUCCAAAGGUUAUGGUGUGAUUAUCUGGAUGGAUUUGGUGACCUUUUAGGUGAAUUUUGGCUAGGGCUGAAAAAGAUUUUUUACAUAGUGAAUCAGAAGAAUACCAGUUUUAUGCUGUAUGUGGCACUGGAAUCUGAAGAUGACACAUUCGCUUAUGCAUCAUAUGAUAAUUUUUGGCUAGAGGAUGAAACAAGAUUUUUUAAAAUGCACUUAGGACGAUAUUCGGGAAAUGCUGGUGAUGCAUUCCGGGGUUUCAGAAAAGAAGAUAAUCAAAAUGCAAUGCCUUUUAGCACAUCAGAUGUUGAUAAUGAUGGAUGUCGCCCUGCAUGCUUCAUCAAUGGUCAGUCUGUGAAGAGCUGCAGCCACCUCAGUAACAAUACCGGCUGGUGGUUCAACCAGUGUGGUCUCGCAAAUCUGAAUGGCAUUCAUUACUUCCCUGGAAAAUUGCUUGCAACUGGAAUUCGAUGGGGCACAUGGACCAAAAACAACUCACCUGUCAAGAUUAAAUCUGUUUCAAUGAAAAUUAGAAGAAUUUACAAUCCAUAUUUUAAGUAA